AUGUUGGGUCUCCCAUUAGACCCUGUUGUUCUCCAGAGAGAAAAUGGUGUACAGUUAAGUUACCAGCAACCUCACCGAGUCUAUGACACCAAAAUAUACCCUAUCCAGGCCGGUAACUGCUCUACUCUAAUAAUAUAUGGUCACGAUCGUGGGAUACGGAUCUUAUGGAGAGGUGGGAAGGCGUUCAAACCCCAACAACCCAAGCCAGUGGAGCAAGAACAGCCAAACCCGAACGGAACCUCAAAAGAUGAUGUUAUUAUGAUUAUUGAUUCAGACGAUGAUGACGAAAUACCCGCUCCAGACCCUAAAAAUGCGGCUGCGCCACCCGUGGAAUUCGAAGACGAAGAGGACGAAAUUGAUCUGUCAAGACCUUUUCACGACAUCCUACAGCAUAUCGACAUCCAACUUGGAGUAAAAGUGUUAGGCCUGUCAGUGCCCACUUUCAAUUCAGAACAACUCAGAUCGACUCUAGAGUCAUAUCCGAAGAUAUUUUCCAACAUUGCUGUUAUUACAGCUGUUUGCGCAGACUGUUCAAUCCGAGUUCUCGCACUACCGCUAACACCUCCAAACCCCCAAGAUAGCUCAUCGUGGGGACUUCAAUCUGUCACAAUCAGUGCUGGGUCCAUACAAGCUAUCCCAGCAGGCAUUGCUGUAACUUUCACUGCACGAAACCCUAGUGACAGCAGCAGUCGAUACAGGUCUCAGAGUCGUAACCGCACUCCUAAGAGCAACCCCGAUGCAGAAUCUGAUGGCGCCUGGGAUCUUCUAGUAGCUGUAAAUUCCGCCGAAGGAUCUGGCACCCUUUCGAUUUAUCGAGUUCCCAUCACUUAUCAGCCAGGCCAGUCCAAAGAUUCACAGAUCUUACCCUCAGAACCUGCUCUCCCUGUGCAACAUCUACUGCUCCCGUCUCCCGCAAAAGCUAUCUCAUUCAACCCCUCCCAAUAUCCCUCUGAACGUCAUUCUCAUCUGCUUGUAUCAUUUGCUAGUGGCAGCGUUAAGAUUUAUUCCUGUCUGGCAUCAAAAUCUCAAAAACCUGUUGCCGACAGGAGGGCGUGGUCCAGUGAUGGGGCCCCUAAGGAAUCUGAGGGAACUUGGUUAGUCACGCUUUCUACAGAAUUCUGUCUGUCUCCUAGUGGAAUACCCCGACGGAUGGCGGUAGUAGACGCAGCAUGGGUGCUUGGAGGCAAAGCCAUUAUGGCUCUUCUCUCGGAUGGAUCGUGGGGUGUCUGGGAUCCCGAAGGAACAUGCCCGGGAAACAAAGACUUCACAAGCACUGCCCACAAUCAAAGUACUUCAUCUACCGAAGGCGGCUCAGUGACAUCGUUUGCUGUCUCCGGUUUUAUAUCUGGGCCUAUAUCGGCGACUAAACCUCUUACAUCUGGACCAACAGCAGACAAUCGAACUAGUUUCGUACCCAUGACCCCGUCUACCAGAAGAUUUAGAGAAGAUACGCUCUUCAAAGGCUCCUCAGCUAACAACCCAUCAACAUCCUCAACGCGAGGUGGAAUAUCUGUAUUGGCUACAAAGAUUUCAAAGGAUGGGCUUCCAGAUGAGUCGAUUGUCAUAUGGCACGGAAGUCAGAAUAUAUGGAUAGCCAGUCUUCUGACUUUGUGGAGAAACAGCGCCAAACCCAAUGGUACAUUCAAUCCGUCGAGUCACAGCAAACCAAUUCCAAUUGAGAAUGUCAAUCUCCUUGGGGAACUUCAAAAUGGAAUCGCUCAGCUUAUUCAUAAUUCCACGACAGCAAAGGGCACCAAAAAUGUUAAACCAGAUGUUUUAAUAACGGCUGAGCAUCAGCUUAUAAUUCUUACACAGAAACCUUCAGAACAGGGAGCUGUUAAGCCUGGGUCAGAUACCCAAAGGAACGCAGAGGCCCUAAUUGAGGGUGACCAGUCGAGACUGAAGAAGGGCGAAUUGGAUCUCGAUGGCAUGGACAGAGUGCUAUCUGGUAUGGCAAGUGGAAUGCAGACAGUUGAAGCGUUUCGGAGCCCACAGCGCAAGGGAUUAUUUUCCUAG